UUUGAAUAUAUUGACAGAUAACAUGGUUAAAAUGCGGAGGUCUCAUCCUUGCGAUCCGCUGAACCAUACCGUGACUGAUGCUGUUGGUCUAAUGCAAUUCAUGACUGCGGUGUGUGAGAUGGCACAAGGGGAAAGUGUCCCUUCACUCAUGCCCAUUUGGGAUAGGCAUCUCCUAAAUGCACGCUACCCUCCUCGUUUGACCUGCACACAUGAUGCAUUUGACGGAUUAGCUGAGACAGAGGUCGCCUUCAACCCACCCGAAGACAUGGUCCUAAGGUCUUUCUUCUUUGGACCCUCCGAAGUAUCAACCAUUCGUAAAACUGAGCCCAAUAAAAAGAUGCGAGCCAUAUGCGUUGUCAAUGCUCGUUCGAAAUUCAAUCCUCCUAUACCUAUAGGAUAUUACGGGAACGUAAUCGUGCAAUCAACUGCUCUAACAAGAGCUGGGAAGCUUUGUCAAAACUCGUUGGCAUAUGCACUGGAAUUAGUGAAGCAAGCAAAGGCAAAUAUAACAGAAGAGUACAUGAAAUCAACGGCAGACUUGAUGGUGAUUAGAGGUCGACCUCGUAUCAUAAUGGAUGGGACAUUUUUGGUAUCGGAUGUAACACGCCCUAGAUUUACAGAUGUCAAUUUUGGGUGGGGCAAGGCAGUAUAUGUUGGACCGGCAACGGGUGGUGGUAGGAUGAUACCUUGGGUUAUAAGCUUUUUUAUCCCAAUGAGGAACAAGAAAGGAAAGGAUGGAAUUGUGGUGCCAUUUGCUUGCCAGCUCUAGCUAUAGAAAGGUUUGUGGUGGAGCUGGAUAGCAUGUUGAAAAGCAACCUUUAAGGAGUAAUAGCUGGCUGUAAAAGAGUUGAAUAUGUCAGUGAUAACAAGAUGGAAUGCCAUGUAAGCAAAAAAAUUCCAUGUAAGUUUAUUAGUUAAUGGCAAUUGUUAGAGAUAUUAAGGUAUUUAAAGAAUAAAAUAUGAUGAUUAAA